AUGUCUGAAGCACUCGCCCCAGCCCAGGCGCUCUACAUCGGCAUGGAAGUGGUGAUUGCCGUCUUCUCCGUCCUGGGUAAUGUGAUGGUGGUCUGGGCGGUGAAAAUUAACAAGUCGUUGAGAGACACAACAUUCUGUUUCAUCGUUUCUCUGGCCCUGGCGGAUAUCGCAGUGGGAGCCCUCGUCAUCCCCUUGGCGAUAACUAUCAGCAUCGGACUCCAAACUCACUUCUACAGCUGCCUGAUGGUCGCGUGCACGGUGCUGGUACUGACGCAAAGUUCCAUCCUGGCCCUCUUGGCCAUCGCGAUUGACCGCUAUCUCAGGGUCAAGAUUCCAACCAGCUAUAAGCGUGUGGUGACAAAGCAGCGAGCGGCCGUGGCGGUGGUGGUGUGUUGGACUGUGGCCUUCAUCGUGGGCUUGACCCCCAUGCUGGGCUGGAACAACCUCUGGAGGCUACAGCAGAACGGUUCCUUGAACGAGGAUCUUAUCAUCACUUGUCAGUUUGAGAACGUAAUCAGCAUGGACUAUAUGGUCUACUUCAACUUCUUCGGCUGGGUGCUGCCUCCUUUACUCCUCAUGCUGGUCAUCUACACAGAGAUCUUCUACAUGAUCCACAAGCAACUCAACAAGAAGGCUUGCACCACCAACCACACCGAUCCCAACAAGUACUACAACAAGGAACUUAAACUGGCCAAGUCGCUGGCCCUGGUCCUCUUCCUGUUCGCCAUCAGCUGGCUUCCCCUCCACAUCAUCAACUGCAUCACGUUGUUCUGUCCGACCUGCGACAAACCCCUAUUCCUGAUCUACAUCGCUAUAUUACUCACGCACGGCAACUCAGCCGUCAACCCCAUCGUCUACGCCUUCCGCAUCAAGAAGUUCCGAGACGCUUUCCUGAAGAUCUGGAAGCAGUACUUCUGUUGUAAGGACGUACCCGCCAUUUUGAACCAGCCUAGUGAGAAGGAUAGGAAAGAGAACCAGAAUGGAAACGGGAACGGGAAUCCUAAUCCGAACAGAGACUCACAGCCAGCUCUAUCGCCACCACAAGAAGGGCAGCAGCCUUCACUAGAGCAGAUGCAGGAGGCCAAGCCCCAAUGGCCACAGUCUCACAAUGAUGACCCAACACAGCAGGAACCCCCAAUGGAGCUCAACAAUAUCUAA